UCCUUUAGCAUGCGCGAGGCGGAGGCUGGGCAGCGCCAUUUUGGCCGGAGGCCGUAGGAACACGUUGUGAAGCUGGGAAGUGACGGCAAAAGCUGAUUUGGCCUCUGCGCGCCCCUUCGCGAGGGGCUUGUUGUCUCCAGAAGCUGGAGAUUCCUACCUAGAAUUAUGGCAGAUAAAUUAACGAGGAUUGCCAUUGUCAACCACGACAAGUGCAAACCUAAGAAAUGUCGGCAGGAGUGCAAGAAGAGUUGCCCUGUGGUUCGAAUGGGAAAAUUAUGCAUCGAAGUUACACCCCAGAGCAAAAUAGCUUGGAUUUCUGAAACUCUUUGUAUUGGUUGUGGUAUUUGUAUUAAGAAAUGCCCCUUUGGGGCCUUAUCAAUUGUCAAUUUACCAAGCAACUUGGAAAAAGAAACAACACAUCGAUAUUGUGCCAAUGCCUUCAAACUUCACAGGUUGCCUAUCCCUCGUCCAGGUGAAGUUUUGGGAUUAGUUGGAACUAAUGGUAUUGGAAAAUCAACUGCUUUAAAAAUAUUAGCAGGAAAGCAAAAGCCAAACCUCGGAAAGUACGAUGAUCCACCUGAUUGGCAAGAAAUUUUGACUUACUUCCGUGGAUCUGAGUUGCAAAAUUACUUUACCAAGAUUCUAGAAGAUGACUUAAAAGCUAUCAUCAAACCUCAAUACGUAGACCAGAUUCCCAAGGCUGCAAAGGGGACAGUGGGGUCUAUUUUGGACCGAAAGGAUGAAACAAAGACACAGGCAAUUGUAUGUCAACAACUUGAUUUAACGCAUCUGAAAGAACGAAAUGUGGAAGAUCUCUCAGGAGGAGAGUUGCAGAGAUUUGCUUGUGCUGUCGUUUGCAUACAGAAAGCUGACAUUUUCAUGUUUGACGAGCCUUCUAGUUACCUGGACGUAAAGCAGCGUUUGAAGGCUGCCAUCACCAUCCGGUCUCUGAUAAACCCAGAUAGAUAUAUCAUUGUGGUGGAGCAUGAUCUAAGUGUAUUAGAUUAUCUCUCUGACUUCAUCUGCUGUUUGUAUGGCGUGCCAAGUGCUUACGGUGUUGUCACUAUGCCUUUUAGUGUAAGAGAAGGCAUAAACAUUUUUUUGGAUGGCUACGUUCCAACAGAAAAUUUGAGAUUCAGAGAUGCGUCACUUGUUUUUAAAGUGGCUGAGACAGCAAACGAAGAAGAAGUGAAAAAGAUGUGCAUGUACAAAUACCCUGGGAUGAAGAAAAAGAUGGGAGAGUUUGAGCUGGGAAUUGUAGCUGGAGAGUUCACAGAUUCCGAAAUCAUGGUGAUGCUGGGGGAAAACGGUACUGGUAAAACGACAUUCAUCAGAAUGCUCGCUGGGAGACUUAAACCUGAUGAAGGAGGAGAAGUACCGGUUUUAAAUGUCAGUUACAAGCCGCAGAAAAUCAGUCCCAAGUCAACUGGAAGUGUUCGACAGUUGCUACAUGAAAAGAUACGAGAUGCUUACACUCAUCCACAAUUUGUGACUGAUGUGAUGAAGCCUCUGCAAAUUGAAAACAUCAUUGAUCAGGAGGUGCAGACGUUAUCUGGUGGCGAACUGCAGCGAGUGGCACUAGCUCUUUGUUUGGGCAAACCUGCUGACGUCUAUUUAAUCGAUGAACCGUCUGCGUAUUUGGAUUCUGAGCAGAGAUUGAUGGCAGCCCGAGUUGUCAAACGUUUCAUACUCCAUGCCAAGAAGACAGCCUUUGUGGUAGAGCAUGACUUCAUCAUGGCCACCUACCUAGCAGAUCGAGUCAUCGUUUUCGAUGGUGUGCCAUCUAAAAACACAGUAGCCAACAGUCCUCAAACCCUUUUGGCUGGCAUGAAUAAAUUUUUAUCUCAACUCGAAAUUACAUUCAGAAGAGAUCCAAACAACUAUAGGCCAAGAAUAAACAAACUCAAUUCCAUUAAGGAUGUAGAACAAAAGAAGAGUGGAAACUACUUUUUCUUGGAUGAUUAGACUGAACCUGGGAACACUGAUAAGCCAUUUAUUAAAAGAAACAUUUAUUGGGAUUUUUGUCAUAUAAAACUUUAAUCAGGUUUUAUGCCCCACAUACUCUGGAGCCUGAAGUACAAUUAAUGUAACAUAAGCCAGUUGUGUUGUAAACUGUUGUCUGAACACAUACAAAAUGCCACUUUUCUGUUGAUAACACCCUUUUUGUGUGUAACAUUCUAAAAUGAAGACAUUUCAAGCUAUACUAAUUACCUCCAAAUUUUCAUGAUGUGUGGGAAGAUUUUCAGUAGAUGUAUUAUCAUUCAUGUACUGAGUGCUGACCAUGUUGCCUGCUUUUGAAAAGCUUGAAAAAGGUUUCUGUACUUACAUGGUUUGCCAAGUAUGCCAGGAAAAUGAACUGCCCUUACUUCAAAAGCCGGUCAGAGACUCCACUGAUGAAAUUUGAUAAAUAAACAUUAGGAUUAUAAUUGUUGUUUGUUUUCAGUCUUGUGUUUAGACUUUCAAAGGAAGAAAAUCUACCACAAAACAUCACUGUCAGAAAAUGGCUGUUACCAACCUACCAUUGUUUACAAUUUUUGGUGCUUUUGAAAUAUCUUUAUCAAAAAUCAUUUCAAUGCCUCCCUGCCCCUAUGAAGAAAAUACCCUAUCUUUAUUCAGACUUACUCAGUUUUAGCAUUCCGUAAGAUUCUAUAUUCUAUAAUUAUUCUCAAGGUAAUAGUUCUUGAAACAUACAUUUAUAUAAUCACUGACCAUUUUAAAGGACACUUACUUUCCUUCAAAGUACAGGCUCAAAAUCUUUAGAGCUGGUACCUAAGCAUUUACAGAUUUCUAAAUUUCCACAGAUUUCUGGUAGCCAAGGACUAUGAGCCACUUACCUAAAGGCAACUUUAGCAAUACAAAGUCUCCCUAUACUCAUUUCCGAGUUUGGAUAUAGAGGACAUUAUGGAAAUCUAUUUGACCUUCUGAGCAAUGGGAACCUGUAGUGUGGAGCCACCUUCAUUUAUUCUGAAUAAUGCAAUGAACUGGAACUAACAUGCUACAGGUGCGGGAAAGCGUUCACUAAACAAAUGGGGCCAUCAAGAGGGUAAAAUUAGAAAUUAUUGAACAGACUAUUAGAGCUGCUUGAAACAAACGCUUUGACUAAUAUGCAAACUGGAGAGGAAGUAUGGUUUAACUGGGCCCAUUUGGCCUUUUCUAUUUACAUGUGAAAAUUCAAAUAUACAUAAACUUACGGAAUAAAGUUAUGCUCUCCCUCACACAUCACCAUCCCAAAGGUUACCCGUGUUUGCAUCUCAUGCUUUUCCCUGUACACUGAGUGUGAAUAUGUAAAGGGUUUGUAUUGUAUAUAAAUGGGAUUAUACUAAAAUACGUAGUGCCUACUUUUAAGUUAAAUUUGUGAAUGAUUAUUUCAAAUGUAUUAAUAAAAUAAGCCAAGAGCUA